AUGCACCCCAUUACACCCCUCAAGCUAGAACCCGACGUCGAUGACCGCGUCCAGGCUUCGAUUCAAGAAUGCGCCGCACGGCAUGCCGAGGUUGGCCGUCUACUCACGCAUGUCACCCACGACCUGGACAUGCUGCUGCUCCAAAACUUGCAAGAAGAACCUGUCCCCUACCGCGAGCCGGUCCAUGAGACCACCGCCGUUAACGCACAUUUCUCCGCGCAGCUUCACGCAUUGUACGAGCAGUUGGCCGCUUACCACGCGAGAACCGCAGCCUCGCUGGCAGAGGCGAAGUUGGCGUCUAUAGAUGAGGAGAAGGGCGUCCAAGUUGAAAUAACGGUCGGAUGCCAGUCUUUCGUCCGCUACCCGCACUGCCAGCAUCCCAUCUACCACGCGCGCCGCCUGACGCUGCAAAAUCCAGAGACGCUUCCCUCGCUGCCGUUUGUGCUCAAGCUUCGCAUCCUGCACGGCUCCGGGCCCGUUCAGGACUUCCAAUUCAGCCGCGUCCGGCCCGUCUCUCUUCGCGUGCCCCCGGAAUGCCUCGUUCAUCUCCCCGGUGUAGUAGAGAUCGAAUUGUCGUGGCUGUGGGAGUGGCUGCCCGUCCCCGCGGCCGGCCAGCCCAUCCGCCAUUUCACACGGGUCUGGGAAGGGCCGUGGAGAGAUGCGCGUCACGAUUUUGGCGCUGCCAUAGAGAAGCAGGAGGAGAUGCUGGGCCUGCGGAUCCCUGCCACCUUGACCAAGGCCAGGCUGUGGUUCUGA